AUGGCUAACACCGAGGAAGCAAUGGAUGCUGCAGAAGUGGGAGAGAAUUCCAACGGGUCAUCCAGUGAUACUACUUCUUCGAGGGGUAAAGAAGGAGAUUUUGAAAGUAAAAUCGAAACUGAUAGAUCUAAACGAUUCGAGUUUUUGCUGAAACAAACAGAAAUUUUCUCACAUUUUAUGAGUAAUACACCAAAGUCUGGAAGUAGUCCGCCGAAACCUAAAGCUGGACGCCCUAAAAAAAUCAAGGAACCUGAACUACCCGGAUCAGCUGGAGAUCAUCGUCAUCGUAAAACUGAGCAAGAAGAAGACGAAGAACUUUUGGCUGAAACAAAUACAAAGCAAAAAACUAUAUUUCGAUUUGAAUCCUCACCACCAUAUAUUAAAAAUGGAGAAAUGCGUGAUUACCAAGUCCGGGGACUUAACUGGAUGAUUUCUCUAUAUGAGAAUGGCAUUAAUGGAAUUUUAGCUGAUGAGAUGGGUCUUGGUAAAACCCUACAAACCAUUUCUCUUCUAGGUUAUAUGAAAAACUUUAAGAAUGUUCCCGGGCCCCAUAUAGUUAUAGUGCCAAAAUCUACUUUAACAAAUUGGAUGAAUGAGUUUAAAAAAUGGUGUCCUUCAUUAAGAGCUGUAUGUUUAAUUGGUGAUCAAGAAACAAGGAAUACCUUUAUUCGUGAAACUCUGAUGCCUGGAAAUUGGGAUGUUUGUAUCACAUCCUAUGAAAUGAUCAUUAGAGAGAAAUCUGUAUUCAAAAAGUUCAAUUGGCGUUACAUGGUCAUAGAUGAAGCUCAUCGCAUCAAAAAUGAAAAAUCAAAACUUUCAGAGCUGCUUCGUGAAUUUAAAAGCAUGAAUAGAUUGCUUUUGACUGGUACACCAUUACAAAACAAUCUACACGAAUUGUGGGCCCUACUUAAUUUUCUAUUACCAGAUGUUUUUAAUAGCUCUGAUGAUUUUGACUCUUGGUUUAAUACAAAUGCGGCACUUGGUGACAACCAGCUAGUUUCUCGGUUACAUGCAGUUUUACGGCCAUUUUUGUUGAGACGUCUGAAGUCAGAAGUUGAGAAGAAGCUUAAACCCAAGAAGGAAGUCAAAGUUUACGUAGGUUUGAGUAAAAUGCAAAGAGAAUGGUACACUAAAGUACUUAUGAAGGACAUUGAUGUAGUAAAUGGUGCUGGGAAGGUAGAGAAAAUGCGAUUGCAAAAUAUUCUCAUGCAGUUGCGUAAAUGUUGCAACCACCCUUAUCUGUUUGAUGGAGCUGAACCUGGACCACCAUACACCACUGACGAACACCUGGUGUAUAAUUGUGGAAAACUCGUGAUUCUAGAUAAAUUGUUGCCGAAACUUCGCGAGCAAGGCUCAAGAGUUCUUAUUUUUUCACAAAUGACAAGAAUGUUGGAUAUACUCGAAGACUAUUGUCUCUGGAGACAGUAUAAAUACUGCCGUCUCGAUGGUCAAACACCUCACGAAGAUAGGAAUAGGCAAAUUGAAGAGUACAAUGCAGAGGGAAGUGAAAAGUUUGUGUUCAUGUUAUCUACAAGAGCUGGUGGUUUGGGUAUCAACUUAACAUCUGCUGAUGUUGUUAUAAUUUACGAUUCAGAUUGGAACCCACAGAUGGACUUGCAGGCAAUGGACAGAGCUCAUCGAAUUGGACAGAUGAAACAGGUGCGAGUUUUUAGACUAAUAACUGAUAAUACUGUAGAAGAGAAAAUAGUGGAAAGAGCAGAAGUAAAGCUGCGUUUAGACAAACUGGUCAUACAGUCUGGCCGCCUUGUAGAUACUAAAAACCAGUUGAACAAAGAUGAGAUGCUGAACAUGAUCAGACACGGUGCAAACCAUGUCUUCUCCUCCAAGGAUUCUGAGAUUACUGAUGAAGAUAUUGACACCAUUUUAGCUAAAGGAGAAAGCAAGACUGAAGAGUUGAAGCAAAAGUUAGAGAGUCUCGGGGAGUCAUCGCUCAGGGCAUUUUCAAUGGAUACACCAGGAGCAACUACAGAUUCAGUUUAUCAAUUUGAAGGUGAGGACUACAGGGAGAAGCAGAAGAUCAUACCGAUCGGUAAUUGGAUAGAGCCUCCUAAGAGGGAACGUAAGGCGAACUACGCAGUGGACGCGUAUUUCCGUGAGGCACUGCGUGUCUCCGAGCCCAAAGCGCCCAAGGUACAGGCUCCGCGACCUCCGAAACAACCGAUAGUUCAAGACUUCCAAUUCUUCCCGCCACGUCUUUUCGAGCUAUUGGAUCAAGAGAUUUAUCAUUAUAGAAAGACCCUUGGAUAUAAGGUGCCACGCAAUCCAGAACUUGGUCCAGAUGCUGCUAAGAUACAGAGAGAGGAGCAAAGGAAGAUUGAUGAUGCUGAGGCGUUAACAGAAGAGGAGGUACAGGAGAAAGAACAGCUUCUAACUCAAGGUUUUACAAAUUGGACCAAAAGAGAUUUUAAUCAGUUUAUUAAGGCAAACGAAAAGUAUGGCAGAGACGAUAUUGAGAAUAUUGCUAAAGAUGUUGAAGGGAAGACACCAGAAGAGGUUAUGGAAUACUCAGCAGUGUUUUGGGAAAGAUGCCAUGAGCUUCAAGACAUUGAUAGAAUUAUGGGUCAGAUAGAGAGAGGAGAAGCGAAAAUACAAAGAAGAGCCUCUAUUAAGAAGGCAUUAGAUGCCAAAAUGGCGCGUUAUAGAGCGCCAUUCCAUCAGCUAAGAAUCUCAUAUGGAACAAACAAGGGCAAAAACUAUGUGGAGGAAGAAGACAGAUUCUUGGUGUGCAUGCUGCACAAGCUGGGCUUCGACAAGGAGAACGUGUACGAGGAACUCCGCGCUGCGGUCCACGCGGCGCCCCAGUUCCGCUUCGACUGGUUCCUUAAGUCGAGGACCGCUGUCGAGCUGCAGCGAAGAUGUAACACCCUGAUUACGUUAAUCGAAAGAGAAAACCAAGAACUGGAAGAAAAGGAGAGGGCAGAGAAGAAGAAAAAGAGUGGCAACGCAAAUCAAAAUACUCCCGGCGGUAAUACGGCCGGCAAAGGAGCGAAUGCUGGCAAGCGCAAGGCUGACAAUACACCUGACGCCGCCCAGAAAAACAAAAAGAAGAAGAAA